UAUUCCGUUCCCCGCUCGGCGUCGAGACGCGUUGUCAAACUUGCGUUGAUUAGAUUGUUGUAUACUUCCAACCCACGAACACCGCGUAUCGUCGGCUUCCUCCUUAAUAGACACCGGUUGUCACUUCCGUUCAACCUUCGCGCCACCGUGGUUUUCUAGCUUCAGUGCUUCCGAAACCCGUGUAAGACUACUUAUCGCUGGGGAUCGCCCCGUUGGCAAAUUCGUCACAGUGUACAGCGAAUCAACAAUGGCUGCCCGCACAAGAAGACAACAGGCGGCUUUGGCCGCUCAGUCGGAUAGCAAUGAGUCGCCGGCUGGCAAUGGCACAGUGGAAAAUUCACCAAAGAAGACCAGAACUUCGGGCAAGAAGGAAGUGAAGGAGAAUGUAUAUUUGUUUGCCCCUAACCUUAUUGGAUAUUUACGGGUGGUUUUGACAAUGGCUUCGUUGUACUACAUGCCGCUGCAUCCACGAACGUGCUCCCUUCUUUAUAGCGUGUCUUGCUUGCUGGAUGCUUUAGACGGAUAUGCAGCCCGCUACUUCAACCAGUCCACCACCUUCGGCGCGGUUCUGGAUAUGGUGACGGACCGCUGCACAACUGCGUGUUUACUGGUGUUUCUGAGCUCGGCGUGGCCUCGCUGGUCUAUUGUCUUUCAGAGUCUGAUUGCCUUGGAUAUGGCCAGCCAUUACAUGCACAUGUAUGCUACCCUCAGCAUGGGCGGGUCUGGCCAAAGUCACAAGAAGAUCGAUUCUAGCAGGAGCUGGAUCUUGUAUCAAUACUACAACAGCAGAACUGUUCUCUUCAUCUGCUGUGCUCUGAACGAGCUUUUCUUCAUUGGCCUAUACCUUCUUUCGUUCUCGUCUCCUAUUCUGUCUCCAUCCCUUCUCCAACCCGUUUCAGGCUCUGGGUCCGACGCUGCACAUCCGGUCUCGACUCACUCGUUCGCCAGCCCAUGGAGCGCUGGCGCACUCGAGAUGGCCAGGGCCAACAAGAUUGACAGCACCUGGCCUUGGAUUAUCACCGGAAUCUCGGCACCCGUGAUGGCUCUAAAGCAGAUCAUCAACGUGGUACAGCUUGUCAAGGCUAGCAACUGGCUGGUUGAAGGUGACAUUGCCAACCGCAAGGCACAGCGAGCUAAGAAAAACUAGGCCUCCAGCGCAGUUGUCGGGUGCCUGGCAGCCAGUGAAAUCACGGCUCUUUCUCACAUAAUCUUGGAGAUGUUGCUACCGCCUGGGCCUGAUUCACAUCACU